GUAACAUGGCCUGGAAGUCUAUGAAUAUGUUACUGCUGCUCCUGCUGCUGCCGCUCCUGCCGCCGCUCCUGCUGCCGCUCCUGCUGCCGCCACCACUCCUCCUCCUCGGCACACCGCUGACCCUGAACACCUCUAGCAACCUGUCGUCUGAGCCGAGCGCGGCGAGACUGAGCCUGGGCAGCUGGUGCGGGCCCGGCGAGUACCAGUCUGCCUGGCACUGCUGUCUGUGCUGCCCCCCAGGCCACUAUGUCGAGGAGCCGUGCAGCAGCCCUCACACCCAGAGCGAGUGUGUGGUGUGUGACACGGGGACGUACAUGGAACACGCCAACAGCCUGCGGUCCUGCCUGCUGUGCGCCACCUGCCGCACGGAUCAGGAGAUGGUGAGUGAUUGCACCCCAACACAGGACCGGCAGUGCCAGUGCAAGCCCGGGGAGUACUACUGCGACUCGGAGCACUGCCUGGAGGGCUGCUACCCCUGCACCAGGUGCCCCGAGGGGAAGGUGGUCCUACAGGCGUGCAACGCUACAGCGGACACCCGGUGCGGCCUGCCGGGCCCAGGGCCGAAGAGCAGGCACCGGCUCCUGUGGGCCGCGGGCUGGCUGUUCUCCCCAGUGGCUGGGGCCCUCGUCCUUCUCUACAUCAGGAAGCCCGGAGACGGAGGAGGCCAGGCGGCCCGCUGCUGUCUCUGUGCAGGAUGUGUCUCCACCAGACGUCCUGACAGAACGGAGAGCCUGGUGCCUGAGAGCUCAGGGCCCUUCGUGUCAUCGCCUGAGACCCGCGAUGCAGACACUCCGGUCCCCGCGAUGGGGGCCCGCCUCCUGCCUGAAGGCCGCCUGGACGUGGCGUCCGAGUCCCUGAUCCUCCCCGGGCCCCCGGAGAGCCCAGCGGGGGUGGACGGCCCGUGGCCGGAGGUGGAGGCCGGUGAUGAGGCCGGGCCCCACGCUGGUCACCACGGCCUGACACUUCUUCACUCCCCCGCAGCCCCGGCCUAAGGGUAAUGGUUAAGGUCCUGGUGGAUCGUUUGGGCGCAGAGCUCUGGGCUGCAGCUGAGGAGCUCAGGAGGCCCUCAAGGCCCAUCGUCCCACCUCAGAGACCAGGUGACCACACAGGAUGGUCUGAAAUCAAAACUUUCCCACCCUGGCCAGGGUUGCUCAGUGGUUAGCACGUUGGACUAUGCACGGAAGGGUUGGAAGAUCUAUUUCUGGUCCUGGGCAGUGGCGUAGCGAGGGGGGUGCCGAGGGGGCCAUGGCCCCGGGCGGCGUAUCAAAAGGGGCGGCGGCAAUCACCAUGAUAUUUAAAUUUAAAAAAAUAUAGGUAUAUGUAAAACUGCAAAUCGCGCCCGCGCUGAUUCAAGCCAAGCAGACCACGCGGGUGCGGAAAGGGGGGCAGGUGAAGCAGGUGGUGCAAUAGAAAUUUUCGCAGACGUUUUUAAAUGGGGGGCGGCAAAUUUCCGGUCGGCCCCAGGCGACGAAAGCCCACGCUACGCCACUGGUCCUGGGCUCAGACUUGGGUUGCAGAUUCACCCCCUGCCCCCCUUCAGAGCCCCUGCGUGAGACAACCAAUCGAUGUGUCUCUUUCACCAGGAUACGUGUCUCUCUCUCGGCCCCCCUCCCUCCAUCCUUUAUACCCCCUUUGGAGACUCCAUGGAAAACAUAUCCUCAUCAAAACAACAAUGAGCCGAAACCGGUUUGGC